AUGCCAUUUGGCUUGUGCAAUGCUCCUGCUACGUUCGAAAGACUAAUGGAGGAGGUCCUUGGAGACUUCUUGUCUAGGAUCUGCCUCGUUUAUCUUGAUGAUGUUAUCAUCUUUGGAAAGACCUUCGAGCAGAUGCUUCACAAUCUAAAAAAAGUAUUUCUUCGAAUUCGAGAAGUGAAUCUUCGUGUUAAUCCAAAGAAGUGUGUUCUUUUUGCUAGAAGUGUUAAAUAUUUAGGACAUGUCAUUUCUUCUGAGGGCAUUUCGACGGAUCCCGAGAAGAUCUCCGCUAUAAAAGAUUGGCCUCAGCCCUACAGUAAAAAACAGUUGCGAAGUUUUCUUGGUUUCUGUUCUUACUAUCGCAAAUUUAUCAGAGGUUUUUCUAGUUUGGCAAAACCUCUUUACGAGCUUACAGGGGAUCAUGUUAGGUACAAAUGGAGUGAAGAGUGUCAAUGUGCUUUUGAGAAAUUGAAGGGGGUAUUAUCUUCCUCUUCAGUCCUCUCCUGUCCUAAGCAGGAUGGAGAGUUUGUCCUUGAUACGGAUGCUUCUAACAUUGGGAUAGGUGCUGUUCUUUCACAGAGGUGUGAAGGAGUUGAAAGGGUUAUUGCUUACUUUAGUCGCGUUCUUAACAAAUCUGAGAGAAAUUAUUGCGUAACGCGGCGCGAACUUCUGGCGGUGGUAGACCCAUUGAAAUUUUUCCGUCAUUACCUCUUAGGUCGAAGAUUUUUGAUUCGAACAGAUCAUGUGUCUCUGAGGUGGCUUAUGUCCUUUAAGGAUUUGGAAGGACAACUCGCUCGUUGGUUAGAAAGGCUCCAACAGUACGACUUUGAAAUUCUUUAUCGAAAGGGUCGGGUACACGGAAAUGCAGAUGGACUUUCUAGACGCCCUUGUGAAUCUCUAGGUUGUACGUAUUGCAAAAAACGGGAGGAAGGAAAUGUUGUUGAGUUCAAGAAAACCAUUUCCAGGAUUAUCCUUGACGGAGAGAAUUUAGAUCAGUGGCGUAAGGAUCAAAAAGACAAUCCGGAGAUCGCUUUGUUCUACCGAGGAAAAGAAUUAGGGAUCCUGCCAUACUGUGUGUCUAGGAGAGGACCUACAGGGAAAGGAAAAUCGCCACUCCAGAUUUAUAAUGUAGGUUCUCCGUUUGAGAGGGUACAGAUUGAUGUUCUUGUGCCUCUCCCUACUUCCACUGCAGGCAACAGAUACUUGCUCGUUGUUAUUGACUGUUUUUCAAAAUGGGUGGAAGCUUUUCCUGUUAAAAAUAUCAGAGCAAAGGCAGUAGCUGAGGUUUUUGUUAAUCAAAUAAUUUCUAGACACAGAAUACCAGGCGAAGUCCACACUGAUCAAGGUAGAAACUUUGAAUCCAAACUGUUUUCAGAAAUAAUGACUCUACUUGGAAUUAAGAAAACUAGGACUACCCCUUUACAUCCGCAAACGGAUGGACAAGUUGAACGCCAACAUAGAACAAUUCUCGAUUUUCUGGCAAAAUUUAUUUCAGACAAUCAAAAAGAUUGGGAUCGUUGGAUUCCUAUGUAUUUACUGGCAUAUAGAUCUUCAAAACACGAAACUACAGGAGUAUCUCCUUCGGAAUUAUGCUAUGGUCGUGAUCUUAGGCUACCUUUGGACCUUCUUCGGGGUUGUCCUCCAGUUAUCUGUGGAAAGGAGGAUCAAGUGAAAGAAAGCUUUUUGGGAAACUUAAAAGGAAAAUUAGAUCAAAUCCAUUCAAGUGUGAGGGAACGUAUGGAGGUUAAGUCUUCACGGAUGAAAAGCCGCUAUGAUCAAGGUGUUAGACAAAUUCUUUUUCAGGAAGGACAAAAGGUGUGGUUAUUCAAUCCAAAAAAAGAAAGAGGAAAGGCUCCCAAGUUACAGUCCAGUUGGGAGGGUCCUUUCUUAAUAGACAAGAAACUUAGUGACGUUGUUUUCUGCAUUCGGAAGUCGCCUAAGCAUAGAUGUACGGUCGUUCACGCGGAUAGGUUUAGUAUAAUUCCAUUCGAUGAUGAGGUCUCUAAGGAGGAACUCCUAGUGGAGGAUCGCUCUAAAAGAAGACUUUCUUUAAGAAUUAAGAAGACUGCCCUGCCCACGGUUUUUAGAAUCGGGGUUUUCCCGUGA